AUCUUUUUCCACAAACCCUCUUAGGCUCUUUCUACUUUCUCUGUCUGCUUCCCGGAGAAUUAAGGCUUCUUAGUGUUUGGUUUUCCCUUAUUAAUUUCACGGGAAAACCAAGGUUUCGAGCUGUCUCUGGUUAUUGAGAAGGGUCUCUGGAUUCAACCCCUGUUCAGUUACUCUUGUUUUACUAGAAACCAUCUAUUCUUUUUGUUCUCCAGUAAAUUUCCUGUUUUAAGUCUUUCAUUCCUGGUAAAUUUAUGUGGUCUAUAUACCCAUUUUUUCUCCUUCUUUUCUACUUCUUUUCCACUUGAAAUCAAGAGAUUUUUGAAGUUUUUCUCUGGUUACAGUUCAUUGGUUCACCGUUGGAAAAGGAAGCUCUGAUAUUUAUAUUUCAUUGGAAAUUGAUUCUGGGAAAGAGUAAAGUUGUCUUCGGUACCAUUUCUGGAAUUUUUGAGGGUUUUUUUUUGGCUGGGGGGUGGGGGUGAAGGACUGAGUAAGGGUGAUUCGGAAGGAUUGAUGGUUUCUGCGGCCAUGGCUGAACAGGAUCAAAGUGGAGACAAUCUGUCAAAGGUGGCUUUCCAGCAAGCAGAUCAAUUUUCUUGGGAUGCUGGCUCACAUUCUUUGAAAGAUCUUCACCUAAACAAGCAAAUUGUAUCUGGUGAUGAUUAUGCUCCAAAGACGAGGAAACCGUACACAAUAACAAAACAGAGAGAAAGAUGGACAGAAGAAGAGCACAAAAAGUUUCUAGAAGCCUUAAAAUUGUACGGUCGGAAUUGGCGAUGCAUUGAAGAACAUGUGGGCACCAAAACUGCAGUUCAGAUAAGAAGUCAUGCUCAAAAAUUCUUCUCUAAGGUGGUUCGUGACUCGAGUAGCAAUGAUGCAAGCUCACCGAAACUGAUUGAGAUUCCUCCUCCUCGUCCAAAAAGAAAACCUAUGCAUCCGUAUCCUCGGAAAUUGGUAACCCCAGUCAAGAUAAGAAAUCCAACUCUCGAGCAACCAACAAGAUUAACAUCUCCUACCUUCUCACUAUCAGUACAAGAAACCCAAUCUCCUACUUCGGUGUUGUCUACCAGUGGUUCAGACACUCUAGUUACAACUGAUUCAACACCAAAUGGUAGCCCAUCACCAGUUUCAUUUGCUACUGGUUUUAACCCUGGAGGCUGCUGCUUAUCUGGACCUAAUUCGUCACAAGAAGAAACUGGAUCAUCAUCACCUUCCCAAAUAAAUCCCACUUCAAUUCCAAAUGAACAGAAGUUGGAGUUGUUUCGCCAAGAUGAUUAUUUAGCUAAAGAAAGUUCAACUGAGGCAACAUCAACCAAGGGUUUGAAGCUCUUUGGGAAGACCGUGUUAAUCGCAGAUUCCCAUAGGCCAUCUUCUCCGGCCAUGCAGACAUUGCCUUGGAACUCAAUGCACACAAGUGCUUCACAUUGUGGAGUAUCUGUAGCACCCUAUUUUGAGCAAGUCCCAAAUGAAAACUCAGGUCUCAUAGAAGCUGGAUCUAUUCCUGUGCAGUGGUGGAAUUUUUCCGCAGGCGUACCAUCUCCUUUCUCACAAUUGCAUAACCCUGUCACUUUGAAAGCGUAUUUUUAUUCUGAUAGGAAAGAGGAUCAAGAUAACGAAACUCCAAAAGAAGGGUCUUGGACUGUUUCAAACACCCGAUCAGCAAAAACAGGGGAAAAUGGCAAGAAAAAUUGGGAUUUUGAGACCCAAGGCUGCCAACUUUCUUCUUCUGAGGAGGAGAUUAUGCAAAAACUAGAAUUGGCUUUCAAACCAAGUGAGGAAACAGUCUUUCUGGUUCAAAGAACUAGCCCUGGUAAGUGUGCAAAGGGGUUUGUGCCCUAUAAGAGAUGUUUAGAAGAUAGGGAUACCCGGUCAUUGAUUGUAACUAGUGAAGAGAGGCAAGAGCAAAGAAUUCGCCUUUGUCUAUAGUGUUUCCCUCAAUGUAGCUAUGUUUUUGUUAGGAGCUAUGUGUUCACAGUUGGUUACAAAUGUUCGAUAUGAAAGGCUUAUUAGCCAUUCUUUACCUCAUGAGGAGGGUUGAGUUCCUGAGACUAAGGCAUCAAGGCGGCCGACCUUUUUUUGGUUUUCUUCAAUUGUUGAGAUAUAUUGGCUCUGACUUCCCCGUGUAAUUUUUUGAAAUUCUCUCACAUGUCUGGGAUUAGCUUUUGUAUUCCUUCUCAUUCUCCUCCUUUGUCUUCCUUUUUAUAUCUGAAUUAUAAAUCUGUUUAGUUUUGUUC